GUUGCUGAAGAUGCCUUCCAUUUGAUUGUUUAGUUCUUUAGUCCAUUUUUGAAUUACAUUAUUUGUAGGGUUUUGAGUAGUCAUAUUUGUCUUUUUUUGAGUUUUGUGUAUUUACAAUGUCAAUCCAUUGUUAAAUGUAUCCUUUACAAAUAUUUUCUCCCAUUCUGUAAAGAUCCCCCUGCUUCUGGGCCUUAUUAUGUGUCCUAGACUGGCCACAAAUCCAUGGCUCUAUAAACUCACUAGUUUAAAGAUGUGGAGUGCUGAAGUAAGAAGAUGGAAUAAUUGUUGAAAACUCCCAGUCAAUAAACAUUUUGAUUCUUCAGGAGAGAUGUGGGAGAAGUUCUGAAAAGGGACAGUGAUAUGGGCACUGAGAACUAGAAAAUUUGUGACCUACACCAGGGAAAGUAUCAUACUACUUACAGGUGUUAUGGAAGAAUACCCAACACAGAGCUGUAAUUUUGUGGCCAAAGUUACUCACAUAUAGUGUGAGAGACAGCAGUCCACUUCACUUGUUUGUCACAUUAGUCACUGUUAUGGUUUGAAUAUGAGAUACUCUUCAUGGCUCAUGUACUUCCACACUUGGGCACCAUCUGCCUGUACUAUUUUGGAAGGCUGUGCAGCCUUUAGGGCAUAAAGCCUAGCAGGCAAAUGUAGGAACAUAGGUCCAGGGCUAGAAGGUUAUAGACACAUUGGUUCCAGCUUAAAGACUCCUAUUCAACCUGAUUUGUAGAAAUUUAACAGGCUAUGUGGUUGCAGACUGGGUCCAAGAUUUCCUCACUGUGAGACUGUAAGGCAAAAUAAACACUCUUCCCAUGUGUUGUUUCUGUUGCGUAUUCUUGUCACAGUUACUAGAAAAGUAACCAAUAUAAUCAUGGUAUGUCUGAGGAGUCAGGAUCUGACAGCAGACAAGGGAAAGGUUCAGGUACCUAAAGGGAAGGGAAGAGAAGCCAUAUGCCAAUACUCCUAAGUUCUGCCACAGUGGCAUAUCUCCAGACAUCUUUUCAUCACAACUACCCUUGACCCGACUAAACUACAAUCAAUAGGGAAGAUUGGUUUGAAGUUUUUCCUAAUACGACAAUUCUUACCCAAUAUUCCACAUGACAUAAUGGUUGUUGUGCUGCUCUUUGUCGUGAACACACCUGUAUGCAGUAUUUCCGAAAAGUGCAUUCAUUCAUAGAGGCAUGUCUUUCUUAGGGAAUUUCUGAACUCAUGUACAGCAGUGUAUGCCAAGUUUCUCUUACAGGCUCACUAACAACUUGGAAGAUGGCACAUGAAUACAAGCGAAUUGUUUUGCUGAAAGGAUUAGAGCACAUAAGUGAUCAUUAUUUUGAAAGUUUUAAGUCAGUAAUGGCCAAUGAUUUAAGACUGGAGGAAACCAUGAGAAAGGAAUACAACAAGGUUCAGAUUGCUGACAUGAUGGAAUAUGAGUUCCCAACUGAUGCUGGAUUGGGCAAACUGAUUGAGUUUUGUGAAGAUGUACACAUUCUUAAAAGACUUGCUGAAACCCUUAAAGAAGAGAAAUCAAAAGUAAAAGGAAAAACCCCACUGACUACAAGCAACACCGCAGCAUCUGUAAAAGGAAAAACCCCACCGACUACAAGCAACACCGCAGCAUCUGAUGGAGGGGAGACUUCCACAGCUCAGGUGAGCUUGAGGAACAGCAGUGGGCUGGCAGUCCACAGAGCUGUCAGCAGUGCCUCUUCCAAAAGAAAAAGUAUUAAUAAAGAAAAGACUAGAGUGAGAAAGACCAAGCAGUCUGAGGGGCCAGAUCACCCUCCCUGUCCUGAGAAAGCCACAGCCAGCUGCCAGUCCCCAGAGCUGCAGACCUCAUCUUUGGCUUCAUCCAACACUUCUUUGACUAAGAACCAAACAACACAGACCCCAAAUCAGAGCAUUUCCAGAGGUGCUAUUCUCCAAAAGGAUGACAUGACAGUGAUGGUGCUCAAUGCAAUAGACCCAUUUGUAUAUGAGUCAUCAGAAGACAAAGUAAAAAAAAUGUUUCAUGCUACAGUGGCCACUGUGAAUGAGUAUUUCCGUGUGAAAGUUUUCAACAUCAACCUGAAAGAGAAGUUCAAAAAAAAGAAUGUCAUCAUAAUCUCCAAUUACUUCAAGUUCAAAGGAAUCCUAGAGAUAAAUGAGGCGUCUUCUGUGUUUGAAGCUGGUCCUGACCAAAAGAUUGAAGUCUCCAACAGUCUUAUCAGAAAAGCAAAUAAAUCUCCCCAGAUUUCUGAUUUUCACAAUUAUGGUCCUGGAGCACUGGUUUAUGGGUUGUUUACAUUACAUAAGAAAAAAGUGAACUCAAAGAACACAAUCUAUGAAAUAAAGCAAGGUAAAGAUCAUAUAGAAGUUGUAGGGAAUGGAAAAUGGUACAACAUCAAUUGUGAAACAGGAGAUAAACUUCGACUCUUCUGUUUUCAACUGAAAACAAUUAACAAGCAACUGAAGUUGGUGUGUGGUGAUCACAGUUUCAUUAAGGUCACCAAGGUUGGGAAAAAAAAGAACACCCACUGUGCACUCGAGGCCAAAAGUUGAAGAAAAAAUGGCUACCCAUAAGGUCAAUCCAGCACUUUUAACAGUGGAGCUUUUAACAUAGAGACACCAAGCAAUUGGGA